GCGGGGCCUGUCGCCCCGUUAUCCUAUGCGCAUGUGUGACUUUAGAUGUGUUAACUCAGCAUUUCCCAAACUCGGUCCUCCAGACCCUAAAGGGUGUAGUUUUUUUUGUUAUUGCCCUAGCACUACACAUCUGAUACAAAUAGUAAACUAAUCAUCAAGAUUUGAUCAUUUAAAUCAGCUUUGCAGUGUUGGUGGGGGGAAAAAAGUGCAUCUCUUAGGACCAAGUUUUGACACUGUGUUAACUAGAAUUGGGUCUUGGUCAGUUUUUGGAUAGUAUGCAAGAGUUCCCCCGGAUUACUUAGCUAUCUUGCAUAAAGACAGAAUAUAAUAUUCUAACUAAAUAUUUGAUGUACUGCAUUUCCUAUUAUUUACUCAUUAAAAACAAUUUGAUGCAUCAAACUUAACCUAUUUAAUCCCAUUUUGUGACCGGAAAAAACGUUUUCAGUUAUAAGGCUCUAAAACUUUUACUGAAUGAUCUAUCAAUGCAUUUACAGCAAAUAUUGAAAUAAUAGAGGGUCUCAAUGAAUGAUGUGCAGUGUCACAUGUUUAUUGUAAAUUGUCACAUGACCAGAGCUGUUUACUUCCUGGUUGCACCAUGAGAAAUGAGAAGAGGAUGGCUGCAUCAAAGCUCCCGAACAACAGGUGAAGGACAUUUCUCUGGAGGCCACAGGAGCUUUGUGAAGCCAGUGACAGACAAUACAUGGAGAGAUGACCAACCAAUCACUGUUGAUGAGGGGAGUGGAACCUCAACCCAGCACGUUAUCGUGAUAGAACCUGCAGAUGCCUGGUCUGAAAGAGAGGAGGACCCACGGCACAGCAGACACAUCCAGACUGGAGUGGCUGGAGUGCCCCAUGAAGCCACUGAAGACCCCACCAUCGUCCCAGCACCGCCCAGGCCCAGGACCCAACGCAGCAUCACGGAGGAUCUGACCACGGAUCAGACUCAGAGAGGCUGGGGCCACUGGUCUGUCCUCCUGAUCCGGGCCCAGAGUACUUUCCAGUAUUUAACCAACGCCAGAGAAUGGUUCAUUACCGUGGAGAUGGAGGAGGAGGGUCCAGAGGUGCUGCUGGUGAAGGAGGAGGGUCUGGGGAACACUGAGGGGAACAUGGUCAUAGAGGACAACCAGACUACACCUCCUCCUGAACCCACAGAGGAACCAGCUGAGCAGCACAGGACCACACACAGUCUCACUGAGCCAGUAGACAUGGAGGAUGGGAAGCCUGAUCUGCUGCUGGUCAAAGAGGAGACAAUAGAAGACGGACCCGAGAGCAUUGAUCUGCUGAGUGGACUAAAGAUGGGGGAGCAAGGUGGUUGGCUGGAGGCUAACAGAGGAGACUGGGCGGACAACUUGGAUUCCCAAGACGGUGCAGCCAAGGGCCCAGGGGACAACAUCACUGAGCAGGCCAGGACUAGAGAUGACAUAGUGGAGUCUGCAGAUGCAGAGGCUGCAAGUCCUGGGGUCAAGCUGGAGAGGACUGGAGGAGAGGAGGACCAACGACACAGCAGAGACAUCCAGACUGGAGCUCCCCAUGUAGCCACAGAGGUCCCCACCACCUCCGCCCCAGCGCCGCCCAGUACCCGACGUAGCAUCACGGAGUUCAGUGGAACCUCGAACGCAUUCCUCAAGUCAGAGACCAACACAGAGACUGUAAAACACAGGCUCUUACACCCAGGAUAUGACCACGGAUCAGACCCAGAGAGACUGGAGCGACUGGUCUGUCCUCCUGCUCCUGGCUCUGAAUACUUAACGGUAUUUCACCAGAGCCAGAGGACAGUUCAUUCCUGUUGUGACACGUUAGAUACUGGUGUUGAUGAUCUGCCUUGCACUUACACAACAGAGAUGGACCCUGGCAACAUGCCCUUGGGUUUAGAGACACAGACUGAUCUGUCUAAAGGGGGCUGGAACCGGUAUAGUAGUAGUGUAUACUCUGAAGGGUGCCUAGAUAAGAAAGGGGAGGUUAUAGUCGUAGACGAAGUGACUGUGAAAAUGGAGGGCGACGUUCCUCUGACACUGAAUGCAGACAAGACUCACUUAGGACUUGGACACUCACAAGGUAGAGAUGUCUUAGAUUACAGGGAAAGUUUAGAGACUAAUCCAAAUGUUGCGACCCACUCCCCUUUACACAUUCUCAGGGAUCGCGACACAGUGUCCACGUCGAUGGGGCCUUCCGAUUCACACGGCCGCAUCCUUUUCUAUCAAGUAUUGAACUCAAAGGACCAAAGGGCCCAGGCUCAGGAAGGGGGAGCAACAUCAGGCAAUAGUAAAGAGAAACGGUUCAUCUGCAUGUCCUGUAACAAAGGCUUCAGCUGCCUCCAGAACGUAAAGACUCACCAGAGGGUCCACACAGGGGUGAAACCCUUCAGCUGUACCCAGUGUCAGAUGCGCUUCUCCCACUCGUACAGCCUGAAGAGGCACCAGAGGGUCCACACAGGGGAGAACUCUACAGCUGCCAGUAGAGUGAGAAGCGGUUCUCCCACCAGAACCCGCUGAAGAUGCACCUUUGCCUCGCAAAGAAGGGCGCCUAUUGGUAGAUAGGUCAACAACAAAAAAACAGUGAAUAUUGCUUUGAGCAUGGUGAAGUUAUUAAUUACAGUUUGGAUGGUGUAUCAAUACACCCAGGUACUGCAAAGAUACAUGCGUCCUUCCUAAC